AGGAAAUGGACUGAUUUAUAAAUGAAUAAUCAUAGAAAGUUAGACUACACAGCAAUCUUAAUGAAUGGGCACUAUGUCAUGAAAGCAGUGCGAGCUCGUGUGAAUCCUCAGCAGCUCUGCACCUUUAAAUCUCUCCGCUCCUCCCUCUCCUCAGUGACAAACCCGAAGAGCCUCUUUAAUGCAGCCAGUGGAAAUGACAAACCAGAGGCGCUCCACGGGCAAGCGUGUCAAAUAAUAACAGUAAUCAUGGGCUUCAGCCGUUCAUCCCAAACUAACAUCCGAAGGUGCUAACGAGGCAUCCGUGGGUCAUUUCGUGGAACCGCGGACGCCUCAAAGUUGGACUGGGCGCGCUUACAUGGACGUCGAUGGACUGGAUUGAAUCCUCCACUUCUAUCGGACUGAGCAAGGGAGCGAAAGAAACCUCUGCAUGUUCAAGUUUCCUGCUCCAACCAGAGGGACAUCGGUGUGUGCGUGUUGGAUGUGCGUGCGUGCGGAGGUGUGUGUUGGGUGCGUUGCGCCCGCAGGAACAGCAGCAGGAACGGCGGCGGCGGUGGUGGUGGCCGCGGGAAGCCAAGUUUAGCGCCGUGAUUUUUGUUCUCUUUCCUCUAUUCUGUUGUGUUGUCCUCAUGUCACCGCAGGGAGCAGGCGGAUUAACGUUUCCCUGAUGAAAAUUAAUCAUCAGUGCAGAGGCUCUGUGAUCGUGACUAUGAUGAUGAUGCCGAGUAAGAGCGUGGAGUGGCUGCAGGAUGAGCUGGAGUCCGGAGCCAGCUCUCUGCUGCUGCUGGACUGCAGACCCCAUGAGCUGUACGAGUCCUCGCACAUUGAGUCGGCCAUCAACCUGGCCAUCCCGGGCCUCAUGCUCCGGAGGCUGAAGAAGGGCAACCUCCCCAUCCGCUCCAUCAUCCCCAACAACGAGGACAAGGAAAAAUUUGUCAAGCGGUGCAAGACGGACGUGGUGGUUCUGUACGACGAGGCGACGUCGGAGCGGCAGGAGUCCGGGCUGGGAAGCUCCGUGAUGGGGCUGCUCUUGCAGAAGCUGCGGGACGACGGAUGCAAAGCUUUCUAUCUGGAGGGAGGCUUUAACAAGUUCCAGUCGGAGUAUCCUGAACACUGCGAGACCAAUCUGGACUGCUCGUGUCCCAGCAGCUCCCCGCCGACCUCCGUCCUUGGUUUAGGAGGACUUCGCAUUAGCUCCGACUGCUCGGAUGGAGAGUCUGACCGCGAGCCGGGCAGUGCCACUGAGUCAGAGGGCAGCCCGCUACCCAACAACCAGCCAGCAUUCCCUGUCCAGAUCCUGCCCUACCUUUACCUGGGCUGUGCCAAAGACUCCACAAAUCUGGAUGUGCUCAGCAAGUACAACAUCAAGUACAUCCUCAACGUGACUCCCAACCUGCCCAACAUGUUCGAGCAUGAGGGAGAUUUCAAGUACAAACAGAUUCCCAUCUCCGAUCACUGGAGCCAGAACCUGUCACAGUUUUUCCCCGAGGCCAUUUCAUUUAUUGAUGAGGCACGGUCAAAAAAGUGUGGCAUCCUGGUCCACUGUCUGGCUGGGAUCAGCCGCUCUGUCACGGUCACAGUGGCCUACCUGAUGCAGAAGCUCAACCUUUCGCUCAACGACGCCUACGACUUUGUCAAGCGGAAGAAGUCAAACAUUUCCCCAAAUUUCAACUUCAUGGGCCAGCUCCUGGACUUUGAGCGGACGCUGGGCCUUAACAGCCCCUGCGACAACCACUCAACCUCCCCACCGCAUGACCAGCUCUUCUUCACCACCCCGACCAAUCACAAUGUGUUUCAGCUGGACACACUGGAGUCCACAUGAAAAUAAGACUGGAGACUGAACCCUCCCCUCCCUUUAAAGAGGGGGAAUGGUCAAGGUGGUGUGGUUACAAUGGUAACGAGUGGCUGCACUGCAGGAGAGCAGCCAGUUUCAAUGAAUGUUUGAGCCUCCUGAGGCUUGUUGUCUGAAAGCCUGUCCACUGAAGGGCAUGGAAGUGACAGGAUGGUUCAUGGAUGCCACGUUUAAGGGGACGUAAAGACAGUUUCUUUAACCAAGAGGGAAAAUGUGGGUUUACAGUGAAGUUGUCCUCGGCAUUGAUUGAAAUUGAGGAUCAAAAACCCCUGAUAAACUUGUGACAAAGAACAAGAGUGACUUACUUAACUGAGUGAGAAAUUAAACAGCCACAACAGGACAGACAGCAGCAUACAAAGAUAGGAACAAGGAAAACCUAUAUUUAAGAGGUAACAGCGUUCUCUCUCUCUAUCUGUCUUGGCUCACAAGCUGAGCUGACUGGUGCCAAGUUGAGAAGCUGGGUUUUACUCGUAGGAAAUCUUGCUCUACUGAAUGUAGAGUUUUUAAAAACCAAGGAAUUAACACACACUCGCACACACAUAAAGUAUGUAUGUUUGUACUGUACGUACUUGUAUGUAUGUUAAUGUGCAUAGCAGAAAAUGUAUGAGCAGUCCUUAACAAAUUCAGUAUGUCUAUAUGCAUUUUUGUAUAUUUUUAUGUACAUUUACGCACAGAUCCACACCUUAUAUGAAUAUAUACGCAUAGAAAUCUUAUCUUUGUCCAAAAACAAAGUGAUUCAAUCCAAUAACGGCUUAAGAGAUUGUAAAACUAAAGAAAGGGAAUGAGUGUUGAGGGUAGUUUUUUUUUUUUUUUUUUUUUUUUUUUUUUUUUUUAAUGACCUAAUGCAGUUUGCACAGUGGCGUAGCCAUUGACUUGCUGGCACUUGAGGCCGGUGCUGGAAGCAGGCAGAUAAAGAGACAUUCAGAGAGUAGGAGUGGACAGAGGAGAGGCCAGUCCCAGGCUGCGACAUGUCCUGACAGCUGCAUAGUGCAGUGGGGAGGGAGCAGGAACUGGCCCCGAGCAGAGCUUCAGGGUAACGCCUUAGUUAAAACAGGCUGGGAGGAGUUGGGCAUGAAGGUAGGAAUCAGAUAAAGUGUGUUUGGGAGGGGGUAUUUUAUUUCAGUUCUGUUAUUUCAUCACACUUGUCUUGCUAAUAUGUUUUGCCAAAACUAGUUUUCACAGCCCUGACUUUUGGUAUUUUGUUCACAUGGAGCUGAGGUUGAUUUCAGGUUGAUGCUUCCAGGGCACCUUAUCAUAAAAGUCUUAGGUAAAGAGGCAUCUCAGCCUUCUUAUAUAACCCACAUCUGCCAAAAAAAGGAAACCAGGACAAGGGACUGUGAUGUUAACUUGGUGUCAGCAGGAAUUUGGUGAUGUAGACUGGGACUGGCCUCCUCUACAGACUGCACUUAAAGAGCUUCACGUCCCGUUAGCUGCAUUAAAAGACAGUGAAAGCAAAAGUUUUUCUUAGUAGGGAUCUCCCUUUUUAUCAAAGAAAGUUUUGUCUGGGUUGAUUCAGCCUUAAGCCUUGGCUAUAUUAUAUGAAAGCUAUAUUAAACAAAAAUGAAAAUAUAAUUUAUAUAUUAUAGAGCUAAUACGCAAAUUGAUAUUUUCUAUAUGUGAGCAUGCUGUGGUGCCGUAUGCUCUCUAACAGUAGAUGUAACCAUGGGUUGGAUGUUGCUUUACCAGAUGAGAAGACCAUGAAGACAAUGAGGCCUGUUUUUUUAACUGCUGUAAUUGCUGAUCACAGCAGCACUCAGUAUGUGGUGGAAGCGUUUUCUGAGACGAUGUCCACAUCUGCUGUACCCAAAGAAAAGACAAAAUAAGCUUCUUUCUUUCUGAGAAAUGCUAGAAAAUAUUUUUGGAUUUUACAUCUCGUAGGGAUUUUUGUCCAAAAUACACAAGCAGUCAAAUGUUUGUACACAUUUUCCCAUUACAUUCAAUGGUAAAGUGUGCUCAAACCUUUGACUGGUAAUGUAUGUUUACACUUCCAAGCAGGAAACUACUCUUAACUAGAUGUAGUAGGUACUUAAGGCCUCGUGACAAAAAUGUUCCUCUUAUAAGAAUUCACUCUAAGUCACACAGUUGAAGGUAUUAAGGGCAAGAUCUGAUCUAUACGUUGAUGCCUCAAAUUUGCUAAAUACAGCUGCCUUUUCCGCUCCAGAUUUAAUGCACUUAAAAGUCGCUGGAGAGCUUGAAGUUUCACUGCUGGUAAUCAGUUGUUACACUUUUAUCAGUAAUAGUAUUUGUAUUAUGAGACCUAAAAAAAGUAAAAAUUGCCUUUUAUUAGUUUUCCAUGCUGCGAUUGUAACAAACAUAAAUUCUGAUUUACAUUUAUGCUCCCAAUGAAGGUCAGUUCCAGCUGUAAGAGGGUAUUUAGUUGGACAAAGAUCAGUAUUAGGAGGCUAAGGCAGCUGAUUGGAAACACUUAGUUCAAACACUUCAGUAAAAUUGUGGGCUCAGAUGUGUAUUAUUUUUAUGUUGUAAAAAUUCAACUUUAAUUUUAGUUAACCUCUCCUAUGAACUUUUGCAUGAGGCCCAAAAUACAUAAUAAACAGCAGAAACUGGUUUUCAACGCGCAGAUGUGGACGGGGUCUAAACAGAAACAGAACUGGGUUUCAGAGGGCACAGCAGUUGAAUUUGUCAGUUGGUUUUAGCUGGCCUUACAUAAUCUUUCUAACUUGUUUCUAACGCUGACUGUUCAAUACUCUUUGUAUCUCACUUGAGAAAAACUUGUGGAAAAAUGUUUCUCUGUUAUAUGAAUAAGAACACAGUGAUAAUAGACAGCGAGCUGUCUUCUUACCGUGACGGGUCACACGAGGUCCUCUUUGUUACUCUGCAAUAUAUCACAACACCUUUUUUGCAGUAUUUUUUACAUCUGAGACCUCAAACGUUUUUGAAUUUAUCAUCUUUUGUACGAUAUCUACUCAAUAUAAUUAUACAAGAUCCAGCUUAAUUAUGGCUUGUGGACUGAAAUAACAUUUCACCUGGGGUGUCCAAAACAUGAGGCCAGUGUGUCCAACCUGAGGCUGGAUUCACAUGUACACUUUUCAGGCAUCAGCGGUCUCGCUUCUUAUUCACUUUGAAUGGAGUGACAUUCCAUGAUGCUGAAAUGAAUUCUGGGUCUGUUGCUUUGCUUCAUUAGCUUAGCUUGCGGUGAAAGGUUGGGAACAUUUUUAACUUGUGGCGACAAUCGCCCAAAUCGCCCAACAAAUAACAUGUCUGAUUGUUGCUAGAAUUCAAAGCAUCAGGCCCACCCAGUUGUCAGGGUUAAAGCAUCACAUCCAUGUGAAUCCUGCCUGAGUGAGGCCCACACACACAUUCUCACAGCCACAGCUGAGGUUCAGCAUGCCAGUUUUUGACAACAGACAAUUAUACCAAGCGGCUUACAUAAUUACAAGGUAUUUUUCUGUCAUGUUUUGAUAUGAUGUGCUCUAUGCUAUUCCUGUGGCCUUUCAAUAUGAAUAUACUGUAUAUCUCAGUAUAUGUAUGUUAUGAAUUUAUAUGCAAAGUUCCUCUCCUAUUACAGCAUCAGAGAUGAAAAUAAUAACUACCAUGCUUGAACGGACUUUCCUUGUCUGGAUUCAUAUCCCACUUACUCUAAACAACAA